AUGUUGACGGCCACAAUCUUCUCACUGCUGCGAGCUGCCUUGCUCGUUGAGGCAGCAGUUCCCAGAGCCAAAGACACCUUUCUGCGACAUACCCAGCUACCUCGUUCUGGAGGGUUGAAUGCUCGCCAGAUCGCCAGUAUCAACGGCUCUGACUACCCACCAUCGUGGAUGACAAUACCAGUAGACCAUUUCAACGCUUCCGACACCCGCACAUUUCAGAACCGUUACUGGUACAACGCGUCUUUCUACAGGCAAGGUGGUCCCGUCUUCUGGUUUGAUGCUGGCGAGCAGAAUGCUCAGCCCCUGGUGCCUUAUUUCCUCAACGAGGUGGCAGGGCCCUCGGCCAUCAUGGCACUUGCUCGUCGGUUCGGCGGCAUUGCCCUGCUCGUUGAGCACAGGUACUACGGCGGUCUGGACCAAGGCAGCUAUCCCUAUCCCAUCAACACCACCACCGGAGAACUUCUUGACCCUGUCGGCUACAAAUAUCUCAACACGGAGCAAGCUCUCGAGGAUACCGUAUACUUCGCACACCACUUCCAGGCCCCUGCCAACCUCAGUGCUUCUCUUUCCCCCCGGCUGACGCCUUGGGUCUGGCUGGGCGGCAGCUACCCCGGAAUCCGCGGUGCCCAGUUAAGAGUAAGGAACCCGGACACCUUCUAUGCGACCUGGGCUUCGAGUCCGCCUACCGAAGCAGCUGUGGAUAUGUGGACGUAUUACGCACAGGCUGAAAGGAGCAUGACCAGGAAUUGUUCGGCUGAUUUGACUGCAAUUACUCGAUAUGUCGACGGUAUCCUCGCCAACGGCACGAGUGAGGAUGUAACAUCUGUGAAGCGACAGCUUUUGUCUGCUGUCCAAGCGUCCCCGUCGGAUCCAACCCCAUCUGUGAGCGCGGAAGAUGUGGAAGGGCUUGACAACGCAAGUGUUGGCAAUCUGCUGCUGACUCCUUUGGACUUUUAUCAAUAUUUCGGAUUUCAAAAUUCGGUACUACAUUUCUGCGACAUUUGGGAGACUCAAAACCGUACAAAUGUUUCCACUACAGAUAACGGUGGCACCGCGCGGUCCAUUGCCCCCGCCUCAGGCCUGGCACUCGAGUACGAUACUGGUACAGCGUGGAAUUCCUACCUUGUUGCCCUCGCGGAGUUGAACUACGACGAGGUCGUUUCAGCCAAUCCAACAGAUCCAGUGCAGGGUUACAGCUGGACAUACCAGUAUUGUUCCGAGUACGGGUACUACCAGCGAGGGAACCCAGACAACGAGCAUACGAUCCAGUCGCAGUUUAUCAGCACAGACUACUUUCAGGCCAACUGCAACUCCACCUUCCCCGGUAUUCUCCCAGCCAGCCCGGACGUCGAAGCAUCAAAUAAGUAUGGCGGCUGGCUAAUACAGCCGUCCAACACAAUGAUGACUGGGGGUCAGUACGAUCCUUGGCGCGCCUUGUCGCCUGCCUCCACGGAACGGGGAUCACCAGGUAGGAUGACCACGCAAAUCAUCCCGCACUGUAACCAGCCGCCUGAGGACACCGACAUUUUCGGCCUGAUUUAUGAUGGAAUGGUGCAUGUCAGUGAUAUGAGGGCGUUGCUCAACUCCAGUGAUCUCUACCAUCAGAAUUUCUCCACGGUCGGGUUCAGUAGCUACAUAAGUACGGAACCAUAUUUUGCAGGAACAGCGCUGUUCGAAAGGGCUUUGGAAAAAUGGCUGCCGUGCUUUGGGAGCAACGGGUCCAACGCAGCAAGUAUCAUGUGA